AUGGCGGAGGAGGAAGGCGAUGUGGCUGAGGAGGAUGUGUUCCUGGCGUUUGCCAGGCGUCCUUGUCCUCCCAGAGGUCCCCUGCGUCGGGCCUUGGACAAGGCCUUCUUUAUCUUCCUGGUCCUCUUCCUGAUGCUACUGACACUGGAGGCUGUUUAUAAGCUGCUGUGGCUGCUACCGUGGGCAAAGUUUGGGGACUGGCUCCUGAGAACACCUCAGAAGGAGGAGGAGCUGGAAUUGUGA